UGAAUUAUUUUGCAAGUAUUAAGUAGAAUAUCUUAUGGAAAUCGACAUAGCUAGUAUCCGAGAUGAGAGAGAGGGGUAGAGAGAGAGUGCGAGGAAAUGGCAGUGGAUCACGGCAACGUCGGCGAAAGCAGAGUGCGAGGUCAGUAUGGAGACGUGGAGAUCAGAAUAGGGGCCUUUAUGAUAAUGGGGAUGAAGGAACUUGUGGGAAGAGGUUUGGGCACUUCAACUGGACAAUCUACAACCAAGCAAUAGCCUUCUAUUUCUCAAACUUCCUCGAGGAUUGGACAUAUGAUCAGAUGUGGAAAACCUUUCUGAAUUUUGGGAGGGUAUACGCCAUAUACAGUCCGAGGAGGAAGAAUAAGGCUGGGUAUAGAUUCGGCUUUGUACGGUUCUUGGAUGUCAAAGAUGCGAAGAGUUUGGAGAGGCAGCUUGAUCAAAUAUGGGUUGUGCUAGGUGAAAGAAAAGUGGAGCAAAGUCAACAGGCGAAGGAGAGCAAUAAAGAAAGAAGGCAAGUUUGGCAAGUAAAAAGCUCAGACACAUCUUGGACUGGGCUUGAGUUUAAUUCCAAGCAGGAGGAUUGCAAAUGGUUGGAAGGUUGCUUCGUAGGCAUGGCAAGGUCUGUGGAGAUUGUACCAAUUAUACAAGAACGUUUUUAUAUGGAAGGGAUGUUCUCUGUUAAAGUUAAAGCCAUGGGGGGGAAAAUGGUGUUACUAGACGGAGAAGACAAAGAAGAGCUCAAGGAUUUGAUGGAAUCUGCAGCGGAUUGGCUUAGCCAGUGGUUUGAUGAAAUCUGUCCAUGGACCUCCACAAUGGUGGCUAGUGAACGGUUUGUAUGGCUAAAAUCUACCGAUCAUUAUUCUGGAGAAGAGUUCGAUGAAGCUAGCCAUGCCUUCCGGAGUAAAAACCAAUUGAAUUGGUCUGAAGAGGAUGGUGGGGAAGAAGAUGCUGACAUGGCAAUUGGGAAAGCCCAAGAAAUUCAAAAAAUUCAAAUUGUUGAUGAGACUUCUAGCUCUAGCUUUGCAGAGCACAUUAAUGAGUUAGGAGGCGGAAGUGGAGAAAGUGGCAGUUCCAAGGAGCUUUGUAUGGUGAAAGAGACACUGGGAGCUGGAGCAGAAAAUUUAUUAACAUCACAGUGCAAUCAUGAGGAAGUGAAUGUAGCCCAACCUGUCUCAAACGAGAUAGGGAAAAGGAUAAUGGAAAAUGGGCCAAAAGCAAAUGUUGGUUACUCAUCCAUCAGCCCGAUCAAAGGUAACCAAGAUAGAAUUCAAUCACAGGAGAAGAUCGGCGAAGCAGAAGAUGCAAGCGUGUCGGCCGGUGAUGGGAAUGAUGCAAGGGGUGAUGAUUCAUUUUGGGCAGAUCUAAGCAGGCUGGGUGUCACGGGGAAAAAAAGGGAGGUUAGUGAACUAGUGAGAAAAGAGAAGGUGGAGUUCUUGGCAAUUCAAGAAACAAAAAAAGAAGCUGUUGAUAAAAAGUUGUGUAGAUCGUUGUGGGAGUCAGAUGAUUUAGAGUUUGUUGCUAUGCUUUCUAAAGGGCAAUCAGCAGGGCUAAUAUGCAUCUGGCAAAAAAAUGUGUUGAAAAAUUGGAGUAGCUUUGAAGGAGAACAUUAUGUGGGUGUGUCAAGUCUUUGGGGGGAGGAGGAUAUUGCUGUUAAUUUGGUGGAUGUUUAUGUGCCAUGUGAUGACAAGGAAAAAAGAAUGAUGUUUGACGACUUGAAACUAGUGAUUACAAGUAAAGGAAGGUGCUGGUGCCUUAUGGGUGAUUUCAAUACAACUAGAAGUCAACAAGAAAAGAGUGGAGACAGAGGUUUUACAACUGGAAUGAGAGUGUUUAAUGAAUUCAUCAGAGAUUUGGAGUUGGUUGAUCUGCCAUUGAUUGGAAGGAAGUUUACUUGGUACAAGCCUAAUGGUGAAGCUAUGAGUAGACUCAAUAGAUUUUUAAUGACUGAAGAUUGGAUGGCUAAGUGGGAAUGCAAGACCAUAGUGGAAGAGGAGUGGAAGAAGACUAAUGUUCAAGGCUGGAAAGGAUUUUGUGUGAAGGAAAAACUUAAGGCAGUUAAACAGAAGUUGAAGAAAUGGAGUGUUGAGGAGUUUACACAGAUUGACUGUAAGAUUAAUGAGGCCAAGGAGAAGAUUACAAGAUUUGAUAGAUGUAUCAAGAGCAAACAACGAAGAAAUGAUAUUAAUUGUCUAGAAAUCAAUGGUAAACAGCUUGUAGGAGUAGAAGAGCAAGCUGAAAGGUUAUCUGCCUCCUUCUCAGAAGAUGAAAUAAAAAAAGCAGUGUGGGAUUGCAGCUCUUUGAAGGCUCUUGGUCCAGAUGGUUUCAACUUCAGAUUUUUUAGAGAAUUCUGGGAGACUAUCAAGAAGGACAUGGUGAGCAAUCCUCAGAAAAUUGAAGAGUAUAGGCCCAUAUCUUUGAUUGGUGCAAUGUAUAAAAUAGUGGCAAAACUAUUAGCUAAUAGACUCAAGGAAGUUAUUAGCCAUGUUAUCGGGGAGCAUCAGAUGGCCUUUGUUGAGGGAAGACAGCUCUCGGAGGCUGUGGUCAUGGCUAACGAGAUCAUUGACAAAGUGAGAAGGAAGAAACUUAAUAGUUUUAUCUUGAAAAUGGAUUUGAGAAGGCUUAUGACAAAGUGAGUUGGUCUUUCCUGGAUUAUAUGAUGAGUAGAUUUGGGUUUGACAAGAUAUGGAGAGGAUGGAUUUUGGAGUGUCUCCAAACCAGCAGUGUUUCAGUUUUGGUUAAUGGGAGCCCAACCAGGGAGUUUACAGUAAUUUCUGAACAGAGGAAUUUUUGGGAGAGCCGUGAGGGAGAAGAAGGGAGCUUGAUCCCGUGGGUGGGAUCCCUCCCUUCAGAUCUCAAUCUGCUUUUUUUUUUCCAGAAAUUUCACCUUGUUUGAUUCUGAUUCUCAUAGAGUUUUGCUUUAUUAAAAUUGUACUAGAUGAUGAUACUGCAAAUGAAAUCAAGCAUGUUUG